UGUGGACGGCUUUGAUGAAAUAAAAUCUGUGAGAAGUUUGAUGGCGUCAAAUUUUGAAAGUUGGUGUAGUUACUGUAGUAGUUGUUCGGCAUUCAGAUGCUGUUGUAUUUACUGUGUGUUUUCGUAGCCUUCUGUUGAUAUGGCUUUGGUUAAUGAGCAUACGGGUAAUCCUACAACACCACAGUCUCAAACUCAUGGCAUAAAUAAAUCGCUCCUUACUCCUUGCAGACGUGUAGGCCUCAAAAGAAAAUCUCCCACUGUUUCUCCCAGUUGUUCUUUUGUAAGUGGUCAAAAUUUAAGUACACCUGAUAAAAAUGAGGGAAGUGAUGAAUUACUGUCAAAGGCGAAAUGUGUGACACCACACAGUUUCAAAUCUGCAGAAACCCCUAAGAGAGACUUUACGCCGAAAAGAGGUGAAGGCCCACAGAAAACUGUUACAAGCAAAAAAGAGCAUCGUGUGAGGCGGAGAGGCACGCAGGCGCAACUGCGAGACGCAGUUGAAAAUGAAACUGUAAGCCCAGACGUAGAUAACCGUAGUUCGCAAACUGAUGUUACAGAGAUUGCAAACAGUACGAGUGUUGAUACUGAUUUCGAAAUAGUUUACGAUCAGAAAACACUGGCCGAUUUAGAAAGAAAUGUAGCGGCGAAAGAGGAUAAAGUGCAGUCGCUGAGAGUUGCUCAGCUCUAUCGGAAAAAGCAUGAUUUGACAAAGCUAAGGGAAUCCAUCUGUAAAUGGAAAGCUGGAUGUCAGAGUGCUCUUCAGGAUUUAUUAGAAAUGACACAUGAACAAGGACAUAAAGUAACUAUGAUGCAGCUGUUGUCACAUCUUGGAAUACCACCUACUUUGAUAGAAUAUGAACCCGAACAGGAUGAAUUUACAUGAAAGCAACAGUAUUACACAGGGGAGCCUAUACACUCAGUCUUUGUAAAUAUGAUAGUUUAAUUGUUUAGCAUAAGUAAUUAUGUUGCCAAUUAUAAAUAUGUAUUUUGAAGGAUAACUACCUUAUUUUAUGUAUGAAUAUGAAGGAAAAAAGAAAAAUACAAUUGAAAUUAUUCUUAUGAAUUGCGUAAUACUUCCAGUAGGAAUGAAAAAAUUUGUCAUGUAAAAUGUCUAUUUCUGUCUGUUUAGUUCUUCGCAGCAUUCAGAACACCAGCAUAGAACCUCUCAACAUUUCAGAGUAACAAAAAACAUUUUUAUUGAAAUGUUGAAUUUUGUUGUACAGAGGUUACUUAGACUGUCAGCCUAGGCUUCAUAUCAAAUAACCAUUUCCUGAUAUCAUCAGGGUCAAAAAUUGGCACACACAACAUUUGUUACAGCUUGAUAUGCACAGUGAUACUUUGCACUAACAAUGUUGGAGAGAAAAAGUGACUUUUCAGUGAGGGAAAAUUAACAUUGGUUAAUUUCCGGACUUCAGAAUAUGAAAUUUUGUUAUGAUAUUGAGAAGAAUAUGCAGUUAUACAAGCAAAGCUUAUCA